CGAACAGUGCUCCGGGUACGAGAGGGAGGUUAUCACCUUGUUUACGUAUACCUUCGCCGAAGUUCUUGACGAGGGAGAAGAGCAAGGAGCGCGAUCGCGAUAGAGAAAAGGAACGAGAGAAGGAAAAGGAGAAAGGUGUAGGGAUGGGUAUGUUCAGAGAGAAAAGACGCGUUACACCAGAGAACGUUGGUGCGCCGAUUCUACGUGACCCAAGGUCGCAUGUACACGUCCACGUCCAUGCUCCCCACUCACAAGUCUACGUACCUGGUGCUGAGAAGGGGUUGAAAGCACCGAAGACUAGUUUAGUCCAACUUCGUCGAGCUGCACAUGGGACGUUUGAUUUUGAGAGACCUGGGUCACGGACGAGUUCGAAGAGUGGGCAGUCGGAGUCUCGUGGGACUCGGAGCGACGAUGAGAGGGAGAAGGAUAACGAAAAGGACAAGGAGAAUGACAGUAGUAAUCGACGAACGCCAAUCGCGAGGAUCAUAACGAAAUCACCCGAACCGAUUCGCAACGGAAAAGCUCCAAGCCCCGUCCCUCCACUCCCUACAUCUCGUCUUAAUAAACCCCGAAGCCCUCCUCCAGCGACUCGAGCGCGUAGUCCGCUCACGACUGCUGGUGGUGGUGGUGCUGCUGCGCAGUCGACAACGACGCACUCGCACGUGCAUAUCGAUGAUAGUGCUUUACCGAGGUUGUCGAGUAGUCUUGCGAGGCGGAAUAGUAGCUCCGCUCAACACCAUCGGACACUCGCGCAUACCCCUAUCCAUACGCAUGCGCGUACACCUGCUUCUCUCGGUCACUUCUCCUUCGAACCUGCAGCUAAAGCACCCUCUCCACCAUCCUCCGCACUCAAACCCCCACGAAACGUAGGAGGACAAUACAUCGAUACGCCAGGCGGGUUAAUCAUGUUCGCACCUACUAUUCAAGAGGAACCAGUUACGAUGACGACAACGAAACAGAUGGAGGGAGUGGGAGGGAGACGACGGACGAUGUCGUCUAGUGCGAACGUCAAUCAUGUCAAUCAUGUUAAUCAUGUUAACCAUGUUAACCAUGUCGCUCAUGUGCAUAUGCAAGCGACGAGUGCAACGACUAUCCCGGCGAAGCAACUUGAAGAAGCUACAGCUGUUAUUGCACAGUUUAAGAAUGCGUUGGACGACGCUGGGUUCGCGACGCUUCAGAAAUACGUCCGUCGAUACGACGCUUCGAUCAUCCCCCUAGAAGGAAGCGCAGGCCUCCUCUCACGCGUCCAGCGUCUCCUCGAAACCUCCGCACCGCGGGUAGACGAACGUAAGAAACGACAGUUGUAUGAAAGCUUUGCGAAGGUCGUCACUCAGGUUAGCUAGCAACGUUAUUUAUUUAUCUAUCUAUUUUAUAUUCCUAUACUUUUAAUUUGGUUUUUUGGUUUCAUUUGUUUUUGGUUCGAUUGACUUUUGGCUCGUCAUUCAUCUGUGAAUGUUUUUUUUCUGUUUUGGUAUUCGACGUUCUUCCAUCUCUACAUCUCUAUCUAGGUUUUAUUUCUUUGCUUCUUGUUGUAAAUUCAAAUUCAUAUCAUUUUCACGUUGAUUAUUCCCUUCCCUUUUAUGAUUUCCGAAUCUGCAUUAUCUUAAGUAUACUAUACGUUAUUUACACGCAUUUCAUCUCGUUCCAUCUACCUACCUACCUACCUAGCCACACCCCCUUCGCACUUAAUGACCUUCUACAUCCU